AUGCUGCCCUCACUUGUCCAGCUGAGACGGCUCCUUGCAACCGAAAGGGCUGGACACGGUGUACAUCGUGUGGGUAUGGCUACCCCAUGGAUCGAGAAUUUCCCUAGAACCGCUCGACCGUUUAUGGACGAAGUGGACUGUAUCUUAGGGUUCCCUCUGUCUCGUGUCAUAUCAGAUGGUCCGAACUCAAAGUUGAAUGAGACAGAGAAUUCUCAGCCCGCAAUUAUGGCAACGUCGAUCUUGAUUCUUCACGUGCUGGAAAAAGAAUUCGGUUUCGAUACGAAGCGACGUGUCGAUGUCACCCUUGGACACAGUUUAGGUGAAUAUUCUGCUCUGGUCGCAGCUGGCUAUCUUGAAUUUGCUUCGGCACUCAGAAUGGUUAGACGUCGGGCAGAGAUUAUGGCUGAAUGCAGCCGUGAUGCUUGCCGGAGUUCUGGGGAUAGCUACGGGAUGAUAGCACUGAUUUGCGAGCCUGACCACCUCAAUGGUUUAAUCUCAACCAUACAGGAAUUCUUAGGACCAGGCUCAACGGGCUCCAAGGACGAUUCAAGUUAUGAAGUGUCUCCAAUCCAGCAAGUUCUCAUUGCAAAUAUCAACUCUAAGAACCAAAUAGUACUAAGCGGCAGUAUUGAGAGAAUCAAAACGCUCCUGGUACAACUCCGACAAUUUGGUGGCCAUGAUCCACGUGCAGUGAGGCUGAAGAGCGACAGUCCGUUUCAUAGCCCCAUCAUGGCACCUGCAGCACGUUAUAUGAGAGACGCACUUGAACAUGUCGCAAUUACUUUUCCGGCAGCGAUGCCAUGCAUAUCUAAUGUGUCUGCCCUCCCCUUUAAGUCAAAGGAUGAUCUUAAAGAUUUGCUGUCAAGGCAAUGUGUUGAGACUGUGAGGUGGUGGGAUAGCAUCAAGUAUCUGGAUCAAGAGCAAGGGGUGAAGCGUUGGGUUGGGAUUGGUCCAGGCAAAGUCGGCAGAAACCUGGUUGGCAAGGAGGUAGGUAGAAUCACAGCCAAGGGUGGAGGCGUUUGGGCAAUCUGCGAUCCGAGAGAAGUUGAAGAUAUCAUGCGAGCGCUGGAACAGACUGAGGUUGAAAGCAUGGAAUAUCAAUAA